AAAUCAUUCAAUUGAAACGGGUCGCUCCCCACGAAUUAAGCUACGUUACCGUUGCCAAGGAAGCUCGUGAAAACUAGAGGCAUUUGACGGACUGGUUCUGGAUCAUCCUGGACACUCGCUUUGCAUGGCAAAACCUCGAAGAGUCCCUGCAAUUUUGGGCCUUAUAACCUUAGGUAUCACGGCAUGCAUUGCGAUAAGGGCCCUUUGUAAGUAUUCUGGCCUUGUUGCAUUUCACCCUUCAAAAGAAACAGGAAAGAGAAAGACGAACAUUUUGAUUAUUUCGAAUGCAAGGUCAGGAUCAUCGUAUCUUGGGCAAAUUUUCAAUCAUCACCCGGAAGUCUUUUACAUUUAUGAACCCUUGAUAACAUUUCAAAUGACAUCGGUUAGGAACUCUUCACUUUACGAGCAGACAGCACUGGGUCUCCUACGCGACAUUUUCAAUUGCAGAUUUAAGCAGCAAACAGAGUUUUUAUCCUUCAUGUCACACAUGCGGCUUAAUCGCUUUUCAAGCCACGCCUUUACCUCGCCCUAUUGUAAAAACAUAACCAACGCGAAAGAUAACCGAACUGUCAUCUCUUGCAAAGACUUGGAUCCUCUCAUAACUUCUCUGUCCUGUUCUCUUCACAGUCACACGGUUGUGAAGGUUCUCGCCCAUCGAUUGCCAUUUGUGGACGUUGACCGCCUUCAACGUCUAUUAGUUCGCGAUCGAGAUAACUUGAAAAUCAUUCAUUUAAUGCGAGAUCCAAGAGCUGUUAUCGCUUCUAUGGACCGUGUCGGCUGGAGUUUGGAAACCUCAACGGUGAAUACAGCUACGACAAACUUCUCUCAUUUUACCACCCUCGUACAAAAGUUCUGUUCUAAUUCGAUAAGAGCGCUGCGAUUGGCUCUGGUGGCCGAGAGUAAAUUUCCAGAUCGUUACAGACUUAUCAGAUACGAGGAUCUGGUAAAAUUACCAUUAAAUUUUUCUCAAGGACUGUUUGAUUUUACCGGCAUUCCAAUGUCGGGUCAAGUCAUAAACUAUUUAACCAAUGGUAGAAAAUCACGUGACCGUAGCGCCGAUCACGCGUAUGGAACACGAAGGAAUAAUGCGUCCCUCUUGAUAGACGCCUGGAGAAAUCAAUUCAGUAUUGAAGCCGUUCGAAUGGUGGAGUCGCAAUGCUGGCCAGUUUUGGAAAUACUUCGGUAUGCACCUAUCUAUAGUCCGGUUCUAUUAGGCACGUGAAAGGCACAGAAAAAAGUCGACUGCGUACGCGUUCUUGGUUAAGGGUACGUGACAAAAAGUCGACUACGCACGCGUUGUGAGAGGCAGUUAGCCCAAAGGAUAGUGCGCUGGACUGUUGUGCGGGAGGUUCGAGGUUCGAGUCCCGGCCGGACUAACACUCA